AUGCGGUUAAACCAAUCAAUAUCAAUUUAUCAAUCAUUCAUUCUUCUUGCCAUAAUUACAGUAAGAUUUGGGGUUAUUCCAAAAAAAUGGGAAAAUAUCAGGUUUCAAUGAUGUCAUAAAUCCUUUUUUUGGAGCAGCCAUUACCAAAAAAAAAUGUGUGAGAAAACAAAUGAGAUGUUCAUUUGUUUAUUUCAGAUUCCAUCUUGUUUGGCAGUAAAAUGUUAUGAUUGUGUUGGAAUGGAUUGUAUGGGUAGUUUUUGUAAUGGAGAUGCUUGUAUGAUAUCACAAUAUGCGCCAAGAUGGGGAACAACAAGUUUGGGUGAUCCAAAAAUUGUCAAAGGAUGUAUUAAAGGAAAAAUGAUUGAUGAAGAUAUUCGAGAUCAUUGUGAAUUUGCUGAAGAUGCUAAAGUGAGUUAUUCUGAAAAUGAGUUAUGACGAUGUGGCAACAUUUUAAAAAUCAUGAAUAGUCAAAGUCACGAUUUCUCGAAAUUUUCCCACUUCAUUUGUAGCAUCGUUUUCAGUGCAUCAAGGUCUAUAAAACUCAUUAUUUAGAUUCCUUUUAACAAAAAUUGUGAAAUAUUUUAGGACCCGUUCACUUGUUUCUGCAAAGGCGAUUACUGUAAUAAGAAACCAUUCAAAAAACUUGAAAGAGAAGAUGUUGAAUUGCUUGAAUGUGUUUGUAAUGGUGAACAUUGUAAUAAAGAUAGAACAUGUCUUGGAGAACUUUGCACUUAUGUUUAUGAUCAUGAAACUGGAAAAUAUGAACAAGGUUGUACAAAUGCAUCUGUUCCACUUAUUGAAAGAAGAGCAAUUGGAGCAUGUAUGAUUCCACCAAUUACUGGAGCAAUGCAUCAUACAUUGGCAAAAAGUGCAAAGAGUUUAUUGAAAGUUGAAUCAUGUCUUUGUGCAACAUCAUUCUGUAAUAGUCAAAAACCUGAAAUUAAAGUGCCAGAAAAAGAAAAAUGUCGAGCAUCGGUUUCACAAAGAGCAUUUGAUGUACCUGUAAGUUAUUCUGAAUUUUUCUCAAGAUUUUAUUAUAAUUUUUGUUCAAUUCAGAGCUCGAGUAGCAAUGUUACAUGCGAAGGAGAAUAUUGUUUCACUGCAACAAUUAAAGCAAAAAUUGGAACACUCCAAGAAUACACAACUUAUGGAUGUGCAUCAUUUAGUGAAGAAGGUGGUUUGCCAGAAGAAUUGAAUCCAGAUGGAUGUGCAACAUUUUCAUCGGAAAAAUUGGAAGUCAAAACAUGUUUUAGAACAAAAGAUAAAGAUGCGAUUGAGAGAGCAUUGGCAACGAAAGAAGUUCCAAAAAGAAAGCAAUCGAGAAGGUUUGAAUAUCAAUCAAUUUUAAUACCAAUAAAUAUUAAUAUUUUUCAGAAAGUCGCAGAAGAAACCAAAGAAAGUAGAAACUGAAGAAUUCGAUGAUGAAGAAGAAGAGGAAGAAGAAGAAGAGGAGGAGGAGGAAAGAGAGGAAAAGAAAAAGGAAUCACCAAAAGUGACAAAAGAAAAAAUAAAAGAAAGAAAAGAAAAAGAAGAGGAAGAAGAGGAAGAAAAAGAAGAGAAGAAUGAGAAAAAGAAACCAGAAGCUACAACUGCUAAAUCAUUUAUAUUUGAAAAACCAACACAACCACCAAUUCCAGAUGACUCGAAUACAACUAUGGUAAUCAGAAUAAAAUAAAACCUAUCAUUUAAUUUGAAACAUUUCAGAUAACCGUAUUCGUUUUGCUCAUUUUGUGUAUUCUUGGCUCGGGAAUUGUCAUCAAAUUCGAAUUACACAAGAAAUUGAAGAGAAGUAAUUAUGAUUCUGUAGCUGGAGGAUAA